GUGGACGUACAAAGAAAAGAAAACAGAGAAGAGAUGAUAGGUGGGGAAAGGUCUUCUCCUACGAGUAGGGUGCCAAGCUCAAAGAAACAACAGAGGCUUCUGAAGGAAGCUAAAUACGGAUUCUGAUUUCUGAAUGCUUAAAAACUAAGUCAUUUCUUCCAUUUGGGACUUAGCUAAAGAGAGAACCCACUAGUCUCAAUCUUAGACCUCUUCGCCCUUUGAGUGCAACAGGAGAGAACCCGUAGCUUCAAGCAAAAAUCACUUUUCUUCAACUGGUACCUCUUUCCUUGUUUAUUUCGAUUUGUCUUUUUGCACUUGCUUUCUCAUUUAUCUGUCAAAAUGUAAUCUGCCAAAAGAGAUUAAUAUUAUGUUGAGUUUGAAUGUUUAAGGUAUCUGAUUCUCAUUUUGAAGCAAGACACAUGAUGAACAUAUAUAUGUCUAUCCAUGCAUGAGCCAUCACUGCUAUUUCCAUAUAAAUUUGUGAACACAACCAUGAGGAAGAAAAAAUAUAUUAAAAAGUUUGAACACAGACACUGUUCAGAAUCACAUACAGACACACAACCACCGUUCCCAGCCAACAAAGAACGUGAGAAAAAUCACCUUCAGGUCCCUUCACCGGAAACCAUCACCAUCAAGCCGUACCCGAACCAACAAAACCCCAACUUCCCCCAUCACCAUGACCAUUAGGGAAGAAGAAGGAAACCGUUUGAUAUUCUCUGAUAGGUUUAUAAAUGCAUUAAUUCUUAUGGUUAUGUUUGCAGGAUGGCAUUGGCAGAAGGAGUCAGCAGAAAAGGGCCAAACUGGCUUGCACUUCCAAGAGAAGUGAUAGAAAACAUAUUGCAAAGGCUUGAAGUCGUUGAAAUUGUGACGCGUGCAAGUCUAGUGUGCCCUUUAUGGUGGAACAUUUGCAAGGACCCUCUCAUUUGGCGCACCAUUUCCAUCACCCAUCCCGGAUAUUCAUUCUACAAUUCGGUGGAUAUCUGUUCCUAUGCCAUUAGAAGAAGUUAUGGUCAUCUGGAAGACAUUAGUAUUGACUCCAUUGCCACUGAUGAUCUCCUCAUGGACAUUGCUAAUAGCACAAGUAUUCUACGUCGCUUAUGCAUUAUAGACUGCGACAGAAUAUCAGAUAGAGGGAUGAUGGAAGCUGUGAAGAAGUUUCCAUUAUUAGAGGAGCUUGACAUUUCAUAUUCAAGCAACCUAACUAAAGAUUCUCUUGAAGAAAUUGGCCGGUGUUGUCCUUUUUUGAAAACAUUAAAAUUUAACCAGAUUAAUUACUGGUCAUCUUCCUCCGAUGAUAAUGUGGCGUUUGCUAUAGCUAGAACCAUGCCUGCUCUCCGCUAUCUACAGAUUAUUGAUAACACUAUCAGUAAUGUUGGCUUGCUUGCCAUUCUCAAUGGUUGCCCUCUGCUAGAAUUUCUUGACCUCCGAUGCUGUGAAUUUCUUGAUUUGAGUGGUAGCUUAGGGAAAAAGUGUCGUGAGCAGAUCAAACAUUUACUGCUUCCCACUCCAGAUGAUAAAUGAACGAAGUAUGUAGAUCUCUAUUUGUUGGAAGUAUGUGUUGAUCGACAUGAUCAGCUGGGAGUUUAUUAUUAUAGUUUUUAGAUCAUGCCAUCAUGGACUACGGUUAUGAUGACCAUUGGGUACUAUAUGUACAAUACAAAUGAGUUUAUCUUUU